CCUUGAGCUCUCACCCUUUCUUCACACGGACCCGAAGACAGACAGAAGGAGCCUGGCUUGGGAAGGAGGCGUCAAGCUUACCCCAGAAAAGCUGUAUGAUCCUGAGCACUGGUCUCAGUUUCCCCAUGUCUAGGAUGGAGACGCUGAACUAAGUGAUCUCCCAGAGCCCUGCCAGACCCAGCAUUCUAGCACUCAGGACACCCCACCAUGCUCACGGCUCCCACCGUCUCUGCUGUGCCUCAACCCCUCUCUCAGCCUCUCCCACCCGGCAACAGCAGCAAGGAGGACACCCGGAACCAGCUGCUAGCCCAGGCGGAGCUGGCCCUGCUCUCCAUAGUCUUUGUGGCCGUGACCCUGAGCAACAGCCUGGUGCUGGGGGCCCUGGCGCGGCAUGGCCGGCGUGGCCGCUGGGCACCUAUGCACGUCUUCAUCGGCCACUUGUGCCUGGCUGACCUGGUCGUGGCUCUGUUCCAAGUGCUGCCCCAGCUGGCCUGGGAUGCCACCGACCGCUUCCAAGGGCCUGAUGCCCUGUGCCGGGCUGUCAAGUACCUGCAGAUGGUGGGCAUGUAUGCCUCCUCCUACAUGAUCCUGGCCAUGACUUUGGACCGCCACCGUGCCAUUUGCCACCCCAUGGUGGCAUACCGCCAUGGAGGGGGCGCUCACUGGAACCAGCCGGUGCUGCUGGCCUGGGCUUUCUCACUACUUUUCAGCCUGCCCCAGCUCUUCAUCUUUGCCCAGCGCGAAGUGGAAGGCCACAGUGGGGUCUUUGAGUGCUGGGGCCUCUUUAUCGAACCCUGGGGCCUCCGUGCCUAUGUCACCUGGAUUGCCUUAAUGGUGUUUGUGGCACCUGCUCUGGGCAUCGCUGCCUGUCAGGUGCUCAUCUUCCGGGAGAUUCAUGCCAGCCUGGUGCCAGGGCCAGCAGAGAGGGCCAGGGGACGUCGGACAGCCAGUUCCGGCGAGGGAGCCCCUGUGUCAGCAGCCAUGGCCAAGACCGUGAGGAUGACGCUGGUAAUUGUCAUCGUCUACGUGCUGUGCUGGGCGCCCUUCUUCCUUGUGCAACUGUGGGCGGCGUGGGACCCGAAGGCACCGACGGAAGGGCCUCCCUUCGUGCUGCUAAUGCUGCUGGGCAGCCUCAACAGCUGUACCAACCCCUGGAUCUAUGCCUCCUUCAGCAGCAGCGUCUCCUCAGAGCUGCGCAGCCUGCUCUGCUGCGCUCGGAGGCGUGCCCCGCCCAGCCUGGGGCCCCAAGAGGAGUCCUGCACCACUGCCAGCUCCUUCCUGGCCAAGGACACUUCCUCCUGAGAAGCCAGGGGGCGCCUUCCUUCCAGAGGCCCCCCGGGUUCACUGGGAGAGGAGGGCGCGCUGGGAAUUGGCUCCGGAGGGGGAAUUGGCUUGUGAGGGGCCCAGGAGGUCAGCUCCUUGGCGCGGGGUACAGAGAGGGCAACAGCGUGGGAGAUGGGGGUCCAUGGAGCCCAGGAGGAGGGAAAGGGGGUGAGGCCAGGAGACCUUCCUUUCUUCACCUCCCUAGUUCCUCUCUCACUCUCUCCCUAAUAAAAGUGUCAGCUCAUUUCCCACCCAGUGAGUCUCCUUGG